CAACUCCCAGAUCUGUGUGACAAGACAAACACUGGACGUUGACUCGGGGAGUUGUGGUCUCAACGAUUUCGUGCUGGACCAAGACAGUUCAUCAAUCUGACAACCUGACCAACAUGUCUCACGUUGACUACAGGAAGUUGUGAUGGUCUGACAUAGGUCACAUAGAGUGUCAAUCAGCGGAAGUAUAAAUUGAGUUGCAGGGAUUUGGGCCAAGCAACACAAGUGACUGAUAUAGAGUUUGUGUUCAAGUCUUAGAUUAGGUAGGAGAGGUACAGAUUGGAAAGUUGAAUUCCAACAUGAUCAAUUCUUUAAUUUUGCUAGCUUUUGGGCUUAUGGUUAGUUCGGUUCUUUGUGACGUCACAGUGAUCCGACCUCUCCCUCUAAGAGCCAGGGGAGUUUACGCAGGCAGGUAUGGCGGUCCAGCUUACAUAGGAGGAGACUGGGAUGACAACGGCUAUGUUUUAGCUGGAGAUCAUGGAAUAAGAGGUCUGAGUGUCCUGCCGCCAUAUUAUGGUGACGGCUACGAUGGUUAUGAUGAUGGUUAUGGUCGUUACAUUGGUGAACGUGGUGGAGUCUUUAGAAGAUAUGAAAGAAGAUUGGUUCAGAGAGUUGGUCGUUAUUGAGCAGCAAGUUAGGAAUUGAGAUCCACUGUUAUUCUAGUUUUAUGUGACGGGUACAUUUGAAAUAAAUUCCUACAAAAAUGA